AUGCAAAGAUCUAAUAAAAAUGUAGUCUCAACGAAGCAAAUUGCUUAUCAAAGUCAUAUCUCAAAGUCUUUACCUAUUCCUUUCAUUACAAAUCAGUUUGGCAAGCAUCAAAUCUGGUUUGAAAAAAUUCUGGAUCAUAAAACCUAUAUAAAUCAGUUUAGUCCUAAAAGCGUGAGCCAUAGUAGAUCUAAUUCAAAUAUAGCUCUUACUAAUCGCUCUAUGUCGAGACUAACAAGUUGUAGCACCCCAUGAUAUAACCAUAAUAGCUACACUCAAAGAGGAAAUUAUUCAGUUUUUAAACCUUUUCAAGGCUCUCAAAUAUAGAGGCUACCUUUGAGUAGCGCUCUAAGCGCCCGAGACUUCCCGACGAAGUCUGGGCGGUGGUUUGACCAGCUGAUGUUGGUCAAACCAACAUCCAAAAUGACAAAUUCUUCUCAUACAGAAGGUUUGUCAAAUUGGAUGCUGGUUUGACCAACAUCAGCUGGUCAAACCACCGCCCAGACUUCGUCUGGAAGUCUCGGGCGCUUAGAGCGCUACUCAAAGGCAGCCUCUAUACCUCUGCAUAGAAAAGCUAAAAGCAUGGGAGAAGAUAUGGUGCAACAAUUAUCAGUGUCUUUUAGAAGAUAA